AUGUACCACCUCUACUGCAUGGAAGCUGAAUGCACAGGUUUGCCAAUCAGCGACUUCGGCUCCAUGGAUUUGAAGGAUGGGGCUAUUCACAGUUUAAAGGGUUGGACUUGGUCCUCAGCUCAACGAGUCAUGGAUAUCAUGAGACAUCGUUCCCUGGUGCUGGAAAGAGAACAGGGCCAAGCGAUCAUGAUUUGGCAAAAGAUGAGUCAAGAGAGCUUGGAUGUUGCUGGGAGGCUGGAUGACUUGCUCCGGAAGCUUGCAGAGACCUAUCCCGAGUGUCACAGCUCCAUCGCCGAGAGCAGAGACGUGCUGAGCUUGCUUGAGAACAAGCUGAUGGAUGCCUCAGGCCUGGACUCCGCCGAUCAGAGCCCCAGUGGCCGGCGCCGUCAGAGCUUUGCAGAGACGCUGCCACCUUCGAUGUUGGCGGCCAUGGAGAUGUCAAGCAUCGCCUCUGACAAAUUCUUGGAAGAGACGCAGUGGAAACAGAUCCAGUUCGAGGCCGAUCGUGCCAAGACAAAGGACUGCAGCGGGGGUCAGAGCUGA